GGGCGGCGUCCUGCCCAACAUCCAGGCCGUGCUGCUGCCCAAGAAGACCGAGAGCCAUCACAAGCCCAAGGGAAAUUGCGAUGGCUCGUACUAAGCAGACCGCUCGCAAGUCCACCGGCGGCAAGGCUCCGCGCAAGCAGCUGGCCACCAAGGCCGCCCGCAAGAGCGCCCCGGCCACCGGCGGCGUGAAGAAGCCCCACCGCUACCGUCCCGGCACCGUGGCGCUGCGCGAGAUCCGGCGCUACCAGAAGUCGACCGAGCUGCUGAUCCGCAAGCUGCCGUUCCAGCGCCUGGUGCGCGAGAUCGCGCAGGACUUCAAGACCGACCUGCGCUUCCAGAGCUCGGCCGUCAUGGCUCUGCAGGAGGCGAGCGAGGCCUACCUUGUGGGUCUGUUUGAGGACACCAACCUGUGCGCCAUCCAUGCCAAACGUGUCACCAUCAUGCCCAAGGACAUCCAGCUGGCUCGCCGUAUACGCACCCUCAGGCCUAGGAUCUGCGUUUCCCACUUCUCUGUAGAAAUGGCUCGUACUAAGCAGACCGCUCGCAAGUCCACUGGCGGCAAGGCCCCGCGCAAGCAGCUGGCCACCAAGGCCGCCCGUAAGAGCGCUCCGGCCACCGGCGGCGUGAAGAAGCCCCACCGCUACCGUCCCGGCACCGUGGCGCUGCGCGAGAUCCGGCGCUACCAGAAGUCGACCGAGCUGCUGAUCCGCAAGCUGCCGUUCCAGCGCCUGGUGCGCGAGAUCGCGCAGGAUUUCAAGACCGACCUGCGCUUCCAGAGCUCGGCCGUCAUGGCUCUGCAGGAGGCGAGCGAGGCCUACCUUGUGGGUCUGUUUGAGGACACCAACCUGUGCGCCAUCCACGCCAAGCGUGUCACCAUCAUGCCCAAGGACAUCCAGCUUGCUCGCCGCAUCCGCGGGGAGAGGGCUUAAUUUUAAUUUGAAAGAACAUAAAC